AAUUGCACAGUGCGUUUCACCAUGACCAAUGCAGUUAAAAGCUUCCCACACAAACUAUGGCUGGGCUAGGCUUACAAUGGGAUGGUUUUUGGACGAAGUAAUAUGAAAUAAAUUGUGUCGUGGGUUGGCGACCGCUGUUCAUUCUGUAACUGUGUUCUGUCAUAGCAGCAAGUGCUCCAGGGAAAGACAAGCGAAGAUAUUGGAAGAACAGCACUGUCAUCGGAGUCAUGGAAAUAUUAGUGGAGGGUCAACUAGAUUAUUUUGAAGAAAGAAGCUGGAAGAAGAGAUAUUUUGUGAUGAAAUAUGAGAUAAGCAGUGCACUUAGAUACAUUGAGAUUUACAAAGACAAAAAUUGGCAAAAACAGCUCCCAAGACAUGUUGUGAAUUUGCACCCAGGAUAUGAAGUGAGGCGUAGGGACGAAUCAAAGAAAAAGUAUUGUUUUUCACUCAAGACAACAGAUCAUGUCCUUCUUUUGGCUUCUGAAGAUGAAAAUGCUAUUAUCAAUUGGAUGGCUACACUAGAAGAAUAUAAUUUAGUAAAAUCUUUCUGUGUCCAACCACAAGACACAGAAACCAUGAUAAGAAUUGAAGCAGUGUUUCCAUGCCACCUUCAGCUUGUACAUUCUGAGGUGCGCCUUGUUAGUGCCAUGGAUGGAAAACUACUUGGUUUGUGGCCUUUUAAAUGUAUUCGAAGAUACAAAUUUGUUGGCAAUAUGUUUUCAAUUGAAGCUGGUCGCAAGGCACCGACGGGAGAGGGAGUUUUUGAAUUCAUUUCCAACGAAUGUUCUGAGAUUUACCGAGUUAUGGACACGAUAAUUCGUACAAAAGCCGGGAAUACCACUGUGAGACGUCUUGCGUCAGAACGGCUGAGUAAUCAGGUUCAACAAGAACAUCAAGUGAUUAGAAAAGUGAAUUCCGUGCCAGUUAAUACACCAACUAAGAAAACAAAUCAAUAUGACUAUGCAAACCCCACCCAUAGACCCCCUCCUCCUCCUGUCCCCUUACCAAGUCCACCAGUAUUAAACGCACCAUCAGACCCCACCUAUGACAUAUUGUCCCCCGGGGCUGAAGGCACUGAAACUGACGGUAAGGCUGGCAAAAAAGAACGAACGUUGACAAAUGAUAGUGAGUACAAUACACUACAGUUUGGCUCUCCUCGUCCUGUGGAAACCCGUUCACAAGUUCCCCAGAGGGCACCAAAGAUGGCAGGCUCUCCAGGAAGCUACGAUACACUAAGGUUCGGAACCUCCCUUGAGAGUACUUCAAAUAAAGAUGAAACGCUGAAAGCCAAGGGAAAAGAUGAUCAAUAUGACACGCUGCAGUUUGACCCCCAAUCUUCAUCAUUUCCAAUCGAUGACAAUGUCAGUGAACUACCGCAAAGUUCGGGAAGUUUUUACAAUACUUUAGACCAUUCCUCUGGUUCGAUUGGUUCGGUUGGUUCUAUUAGCAGUACUACCAGUAAUACGUACGAUUGUUUAGACACUGGAAACAAGCGUCUUUCUAAUGGGUCAGAUACAUACGACAUGCUGGGAAAUUCAAGAAAAGAAAUUAAACCACAGCCACCGAGGACGCUAGAUUUGGGUGGCAACACGUACGAUGCUCUGCAACAUGCUGAGAGCCAGAAACCAACAGGGAGAAACUCACCAGUGACAUCUCAAAAGCCCACCACCCCUAGUCAGGGGAUGACCCCUCCGAAACCAAACAAGCCUCCACCCAGAAAGAAACCUCCGUCAAUUCCAAAACAAUCCGAAAUUGCUCCAAGAAAGGCAUCAACCCCUCCUGAGGCACCCACUAAAAAGAUAUCUGCGGGAGCCAAGCCUAAUAAGCCAUUCAGAGCCCAUCAUAAGAAUCCACAAGACACAAAGGACAGUCAGAAAACGAAGGGUGAAAGUAUAAGUGAUGUUAUUCAGAAACGUUUAGCUACUACUCAACCAGUUGAUGAUGAUGAUGAUGAUGGUAGUUAUGCGUCUGUGGACCAUGAAUAUGCAUCCAUAGAUUAUAGUAAAGUUUCAAAACCAGAAACCACUGAUUCUUCCGAUAUUUACACUGAUCCAGAUCAAGACGAUACCAAGAUAGUAACACCUAUCCCUAAGCCAGCAAAACCAGCAAAACCCAGCAAGCCCAAUCCUAAAGCGAUGAUGAAAUUAUUCAAAAAAGGACCGGCAAAAGCAAAGAGCGACUCUGAUGGCGGUCAUUUUGCAGACGAACUGAAGAAAAAACUCGAAUUAAAACUAAAGAAAACUGAAGACAACAAGUCUGUUACAACCAGUCAAACUGGUCAGACUGGUAAUGAUGAUGAUAUCUAUGACGAAGUAGAUACAUGUGAUCCCUUCUAUAGUGAACCUGAUCCAUAUAAUGAGCCCGCUGUGUAAACGUGGAUGUCCAUUGGUUUAAUAAUGUAUCGUUUACAAAUAAACCUAACUCUAACGAGGUUUCACUCUUACAAAAUUUUUGGCUCGUGGUCUCGCUUUCAUGAUAUAAAGCCUUGCCUUUUUUAAAAUUUGCAUGCGCACAUCCGCAAGGUCAAUGUUAAAUAGGGAAGAGGCGAUAAGAGCCCAACCCACCAUCGUUCAUAGCCAACUGUUGCCUGUCAGUAAGUUUAAACAGCCUCACUGAAACUAGAGUGACAUUUGAGUCUAUGUAGGCCACUUUGUGAAGCUAAAACAAAAAACCACAUCUUGCUGGCAAAUGCUGCUUUAUUAUGCCGGCUUCGUGGGCACACCUUCGUCUACAGGAGUAUCUCGUGUAGCCCUAAAACCGUUUUUCAUUGUUUUAAUUAGCUAGCGAUAUUUUUCGCGAAAAUGGAAACGUUAAGUCUAUGAUCUUUCAAAACCAGUUGGUUUUGAACGAUGGUGGUCGAUUGAUCGUGUCUCAAUGACGAAAAUAAUUCGGUUUUUAGCAAGCAAUUAGAAAAGUAACAGGGUGUAAUAAAAUACUGCAAAAUAAAUAACUAAUUGUGUGAAAUAAUUCAUGUGGGCAGGUAAUGAUUCUGAAAAUAGUAAGACUGAAGAAAGAGAAAUUUUAACUAGAUUGUAAAUAUUGCAUGAAUCUUAGUAUAGUAAUUUAAUAUGAAAUCAUUCCACAUCGUUCCUGUAGUGUCCGAGAUUAAGACAUGUAUUGAGGAGUAUAGUUGCACAAUAAAA